AAGAAAAAGAGAGAAAAAAAUCGAAACAAAAACAUUGAAAAUAAAUAAUUCCAAAUUGAGUUUCUUCGAGGAACUUCGACUUCUCUUCCCCGCAAAUCUAAGCUAUAUUUAGCGCAUCUCUUUCUUCUGUUCAAAAUUCGUGAUUAAUUUUAUCCAUUUCUGGAGCUUCUUCGAGUUCAGCUAAUAAUUACGGGAAUUUAGGUGUUAGGGUUUCGGGAGGAGAAUUCGAGGACGGAUUCACUGCGUGAUUGAUGAAACGGGUCCGUUACGGGCGGAGAGUGUGUUGAUUGUCCGGGGAUAACUUGUCGUCGGUCAAUGGCGGCAAUUCUUCCGAUUCAGAUAGUGGAGGACGAGGGCGAGUACGACGGCGGUGGGAGUGAUGAUCUGAUGGACGAUGUGGAGGAGAUGAAGGUGAACUCUGUAAGUGAUGUAGGUGUCUCCAUGGGGUCUUCUUCGAGGACCAGUGAGCUAACUCUCUCGUUUGAAGGAGAGGUCUAUGUUUUUCCUGCUGUUACACCAGAGAAGGUGCAAGCAGUUCUUCUGCUCUUGGGAGGGCGUGAUAUACCUACAGCUGUUCCAACAGUCGAACUUCCUUUUGAAAAUAACAGGGGUUUGUGUGUGGGAGAUAAUCCGAGACGCUCAAAUUUGUCAAGACGAUUAGCUUCUCUAGUUAGGUUCCGUGAGAAGCGUAAGGAGAGAUGUUUUGACAAGAGAAUUAGAUAUACAGUGCGAAAAGAAGUUGCACAGAGGAUGCACCGUAAAAAUGGACAAUUUGCAUCAGUUAAAGAAAGUUCAGGUGGUUCAAACUGGGAAUCUGCCCAGAGUGACCUUCAAGAUGGCACCACCCGCUCAGAAACUCUCAUUAGGAGAUGUCAGCACUGUGGUGUUAGUGAAAAUAAUACUCCUGCAAUGCGCCGUGGGCCAGCUGGACCUAGGACUUUAUGUAAUGCCUGUGGUCUGAUGUGGGCCAACAAGGGAAUGUUGAGAGAUCUCAGUAAAGGAGCCAGGACUUCUAUUGACCAGACUGAACCUGAAACACUGUUAGAUAUCAAACCAUCAAUUAUGGGAGAAGACUCUGGCAAUCCAGAGGAGCUUCAAAUACCAAUUGAUCCGGCUAACGCAAUAGUUGAAGUUCCCACUGAUGCUGAUGGUAAUCCAGAUGGGAAGGAUUUGCAAGAAGCAGCUGGUAUGUCUAACUCUAUGCCAGUUGGAAUAGUAUCCUCAUCGGCUGAUGAUGAUGAAACGGGAAUGCAGGAACAACUUGCAGAGCUAGUCAAUCCAUCAGAUACGGAUCUUGACAUGCCUUCGAGCUUCGGUUAGAUUGACACAUGGUUUAAUGCUGACCGUUGGGAGCCCAGGUUCCGGUCUAUAAACGGGGAGAACAUUUGAUAUUCUCAAGAAGUGCAUUUGUUCUUUGGUAAAAAGCUUGUGAUCUUUCUUUGUGUAGAAAUCUGGGGAAGAGAAGGGAUUGUUUCUAGUUUGCACGAGCAGUUUGAGGAUAUCAGUCAAAAGUGUUGUUAGAAGAAUGAUUUACCCUCAAGGUCUGUUUCUUGAUUUCUAUGCAAAUGCGUCUGAAAAAUCUGUAAAACAAAACUUGGCGUCUGUAAUAUAGGAUUGGGUAAUAAUGUGCAAAUCUUUGGAGCAAUUUACACU